AUGCCGCCACACCGUCUCGCUCGAUACCCGCCGUGGCUCACGCGCUGGCUCGGAUACCGCGCCAGCCCACCACCCAAGCUGCCCGACUACCUCAUCUGGUUCUGGUCCUUCAUCGCCGCGUUCUGCGGCCUGUGCGUCUUGCAGGCCGUCUUUGGUCAUGCGCACUACUUCGUCAAGCGGCCCGGUAUGCCCUCUAUGGUCGCUUCAUACGGUGCCUCCGCCGUGCUUUGUUUCGGGGCAAUCGAAGCGCCGCUCUCCCAGCCACGGGCACUCGUCUUUGGCCACUUCAUUUCCGCCCUCCUCGGCCUCUGCAUCACCAAGCUCUUCUCCCUCUCCUCGCACUUCGAGUCUCUCCGCUGGCUCGCUGCCUCCCUCUCUACAUCAGUCGCCAUCGUCGCGAUGCAAAUCACAGGAACGACGCACCCACCCGCCGGCGCGACGGCCUUGCUCCCCGCGCUCGACGACGAUAUCUGGGAGCUGAGCUGGUACUAUUUGCCGGUCGUGCUCCUCUCGAGCAUGCUUGUCCUGACUGUAGCGCUCAUCAUCAACAACAUCCAAAGGAGAUAUCCCAUGUUCUGGAUCGCCCCUGCGAUACCGCCCGUCGCAAAACCGUCGCCGGCUUUGGGUGGUCCCGAGCCCUCGCCCGAGCCCUCGACCGGGACUGCGAGUCCGGCGCCCGCUACUGCGGAGGAGACGGAGGACAAGAAAGUGAUCAGUUCUAAUGCUGUGUAG